UACAAAGUCUAUCCAUGUCUUUUAGAAAGUAGAGAUUGAGCGGUAAACGUUUUACUGGUCACAACUACAUCAUUGCCUUUCGAAGCAUCUCCCAGCUGCAAAUGGAAAAAGGUUGAUACAAUAAAAAACCUAAAGGGCAAAAGAGGGACAAUCGACGAGAUGUUUGUAAAGGAAAUAGCGUGAAGAGAUAGUGAAAAGUAACUGUCAUGGUACAGGUAUGGAGCACUAUGAUUACAUAGGACUUUUAUAUGUUUGAAAAACGGGAAAGAAAACAAAAGUUUGUGAGAGUUAUAGCAAAAGUAUGGCGCGAGAGAAGACUACAGAAACCGAAGUGGUUAAAGGCUCCAAAGAAGCGAAAAGGCAGCGAAAGAAAACCAAAAAGGAAUACAAAACACGAACUGUGCAUUCUAACCUGUUAUACUACCGAACCAAAGCAGAAGACAACCCGAAUAGACACUAUGCAGACAAUAAGAUUAAAACAACCAAGUACACACUGCUAUCUUUUCUACCGAAGAAUUUGUUCGAGCAGUUUCAUAGGUUUGCCAACGUAUACUUUGUUUUCAUUGCGUUAUUGAAUUUUGUCCCAGUUUGUAAUGCUUUCCAACCAGAACUGGCCCUGGCCCCAGUGGUGUUCAUCUUGUCUGUCACCGCUAUCAAAGACUUAUGGGAGGAUUAUAGAAGACACCGAUCCGAUAAAGAAAUCAAUCACAUGGAUUGUUUGGUCUAUAGCAGGCCAGAGCGCCAGUAUUUGGAGCGCUUCUGGAAGGAGGUGCGCGUCGGGGACUUCAUUCGGCUGCGCUGCAAUGAGAUCCUGCCUGCCGAUGUUCUGCUGCUCAGCUCCAGCGAUCCGGACCGGCUGGUCCACAUCGAGACUGCGACCCUGGAUGGGGAGACGAACCUCAAGCAAAGACAAGUGGUGCGCAGCUUUCUGGACCUGGAUUGUGAAUUUGACCCGUCCAAAUACCGCAGCGUCAUAGAAUGUGAGAAGCCAAACAACGAUCUGGCCCGUUUCCGUGGUUACAUAACCCAUUCCAGUGGGAGGAGAGACGGCCUGUACAAAGACAACCUACUGCUCAGGGGAUGUACCAUCCGCAACACAGAGGAGUGUGUGGGUAUAGUCAUCUACGCAGGUCACGAGACUAAAGCCAUGCUGAACAACAACGGCCCUCGUUACAAGCGCAGUAAACUGGAGAGGCAGAUGAAUGUGGAUGUGGGAUGGUGUGUCAUCAUUCUGCUAGUCAUGUGCCUGUUCUCGGCUAUAGGCCAUGGUCUGUGGAUGUAUCAGUAUGGAGAAAAGAGGCCUGUAUUUGACGUCCUGAGUCCUGAAGGAACUCACAUGUCACCUGUCCUGUCAGCCAUCUAUCUAUUCCUCACAAUGAUCAUCGUCUUUCAGGUCCUGAUCCCCAUCUCUCUGUUCGUGUCGAUAGAGAUUGUGAAGAUCUGCCAGGUGUAUUUCAUCCAUCAGGAUCUGGAACUGUAUGACGAGGAGACCGACUCCCAUCUGCAGUGUCGAGCGCUGAACAUCACAGAGGACUUGGGCCAGAUGCAGUACAUCUUCUCUGACAAGACAGGAACUCUCACUGAGAACAAGAUGGUGUUCAGACGGUGUACCGUGGCUGGGGUGGAGUAUUCCCACGAUGCCAAUGCGAGGCGUCUGGCCAUGUACCAGGACGUGGUGGACUCAGAAGAAGAAGACUGUCCCUCCCACGGGGGCACCUUGCCCAGACGGGACAGUGUCACCAGCCACCAGAGCGCCGCCAAGGUGGUGCUGCGUUCCCAGAGCACCAAGUCUCACCGCAGGACUGGCAGCCGAGCCGAAGCAAAGAGGGCCAGCAUCCUGUCCAAACACACAGCCUUCAGCAGCCCAAUGGAGAAGGACAUAACCCCUGACCCCCAGCUCUUAGACAAAGUCAAUGACGGUGGCAGCCAGAUGGACUUCAAGCGCUUCCACAGCCAGUCGCUGUCCCAGAUGCCCUCUGAGCUCACUGACAUCAUCGACUUCUUCAUCGCACUCACAAUCUGCAAUACUGUGGUGGUGUCUUCACCGAACCAGCCACGGCAUAAGGUGCGGAUGAGGUUUGAGCUCAAGUCUCCCGUCAAGACCAUCGAGGACUUCAUCAAACGUUUCACCCCGAGCCGGCUUACCUCCAGCUCCAACAACAGCAGUUCCUCCAGCCUCAACCGCUCCUCCAAUCGUGGCUGUUCCCACCUCCUCACCUCCCCGUCCGCGGAAUCCACCCUAACCAAACUGGACGAGGAGCGUCACCCCCGAGGCCCGGGCGGUCUGGAGCAAGCCUCCUCCCCCGUCCCCGCGCCCCCUACCUUGGGCACCUGCUACGACGGCAAGCCCGGGUCCCAGGAGGAAGUCGAGCUGCGCUACGAGGCAGAGUCUCCAGACGAGGCCGCCCUGGUGUACGCUGCGCGGGCCUAUAAGUGUUCCCUGGUUGGUCGGCUGCCCGAUCAGGUGACUGUGGAGUUUCCUCACUUGGGGAGGUUGAGCUUUGAGCUGCUCCACACGCUGGGCUUUGACUCCAACAGGAAGAGGAUGUCCGUGGUGGUGAGACACCCACUGACCGACCAGAUCACUGUUUAUACCAAAGGAGCCGAUUCUGUCAUCAUGGACCUUAUCACACCGCCACCUACAGAUGAUUCCAAGGGGAAACGGCACAGGAGGAUCCUGUACAAGACCCAGAACUAUCUGAACCGCUAUGCUGCCGACGGUCUCCGAACACUCUGCAUCGCCAAAAAGGUUAUGAGUAAGGAAGAGUAUGCUGUCUGGUUACGGCGCCAUCUGGAGGCAGAGACAGCCAUCCAGGGAAGAGAAGACCUGCUGUUUGAGUCAGCUUUGAGGCUGGAGACCAAUCUGCACCUGCUGGGAGCGACUGGUAUUGAGGACCGCCUGCAGGAUGGGGUCCCAGAGACCAUUGCGUCCCUGCGGAAAGCAGGGCUUCAGAUAUGGGUGUUGACGGGUGACAAGCAGGAGACUGCCAUCAACAUCGCCUAUGCCUGCAAGCUGCUUGACCCCGAGGAAGAAAUCAUCACACUCAAUGCUGAUUCCCAGGACGCGACAGCUGUCCUUCUAGAGGAGAGUUUACACUACAUACAGGUUAAGUUCCUAUGCAGCUCCUCCGAUCCUUCCCGAGCAUUCCAGAACGACUAUGCAUCGGUCUACUCCUUCUCCCCUCCUGCCUCCUCGUCCUCCUCCCAGCCCUUCCUGGUGCACAGGCUGGGUCUGGUGAUUGACGGGCGGACGUUGGCCUACGCGCUGGACAGCAGCUUGGAGGAGAAGUUCCUGGCGGUGGCGAGGAGCUGCCGUUCAGUACUCUGCUGUCGCUCCACGCCGCUGCAGAAGAGCAUGGUGGUUAAACUGGUCAGGAACAAGCUGAAGGUCAUGACGCUGGCUAUAGGUGAUGGUGCGAACGAUGUCAGCAUGAUUCAGGUGGCUGAUGUGGGUGUCGGCAUCUCGGGGCAGGAGGGCAUGCAGGCUGUAAUGGCCAGUGACUUUGCAAUGCCACGUUUCCGGAACCUUCAGAAGCUCCUUCUUGUCCACGGCCACUGGUGCUACUCAAGACUAGCCAACAUGAUCCUCUACUUUUUUUACAAAAAUGCGAUGUUUGUAGCGCUCAUCUUCUGGUACCAGUUCCAUUGUGGUUUCUCUGGUUCCGCCAUGAUAGACCAGUGGUAUCUGAUCUUCUUCAAUCUCAUGUUUUCCGCCUUCCCUCAACUCAUCACCGGAACCCUGGACAAAGAUGUGUCCUCAGAGACCCUCCAAGAACUACCUCAGCUCUACAUGAACGGACAGAACUCAGAGGAGUACAAGCCAUAUAUGUUCUGGGUCAAUAUGAUUGAUGCCUUCUACCAAAGCCUUGUCUGCUUCUUCAUUCCAUACUUUGCCUAUGUGGACUCAGACGUUGACCUGUUUACCUGGGGAACACCCAUCACCACGCUGGCUCUCCUCACCAUCCUCACGCACCUGGGCAUUGAGACCAAGACCUGGACGUGGCUGAAUUGGCUGUCCAUCUCCUUCAGCGUGUGCCUGUUCUUCACCGUGGCUCUGUGCUACAACGCCUCCUGUCCCAGCUGCUUCUCCCCCUCCAGUCCAUACUGGACCAUGCAGACCCUGUUGGGGGAGCCGCUGUUCUACCUGCUCUGUGUCCUCACGCCUGUAGCCGCCCUCAUGCCCAGGUACUUCUACCGGGCCUGUCAAGGUUCUCUCUUCCCCAGUCCGGUGCAGGUGGGUCGGCAGCUGGACCAGCUGCCCAGUGACAUCCGUAGAAACAUCCUCAGUCUCAGCCGGGUCCAGGCCGGGUCUCCCCUGGAUCUCAGACCGCCCUUCCUGUCAUCGCUCUCCUUCGCUGGACCUUUCCCUAAGGGCUGCAGUCACGGGGUCGCCACCUCCCAGAACCAGUACAGCUUCACCAAGAGGCCCCCGGACCGCCUCGACCCGUCCCUGAGCGGGGGGGUGGCCGGAGGGCUAACAGAGAAGAAGAGGUGCCUUGAUGAAGAAGAUCAGUACACACUCGCCUCAACAGAGACUGAUACCCUGCCUUAUACCAAAGAAGGCCCUCGGGCUGGGACAGGGGGCGGGUCAGGGGCAGGGACGAGGGGUGUGACAGGGGCGGGGUCAGGGGUCAGGUUAGGGGCUGGCGAUGGCGAGACAUGGACUGGGCCUGAUGACCCCCCGGCACCUCUGACCCAGGACUGUCAGGAUGUUACUCUGCUGGAUUCUUCAGACCUGAGUCUAUCCAGCUGGAUCACUUCCACGCCCCUCCUGGGCACACCCUGGUUGACCACGCCCCUUCUGACCAUGCCCCAGUCAGAGAGCAUUCAGCUCACUCUGCCACCUGCUGGCAGAGACCAGUCUGCAGCCUACAGACGGAACUGUGACGACCCUACACCACACAGGCCACCUGAGCACAGGCCCAUCCUCCCUACUGAGGGGGCAGACCACGCCCACAAUCAGGCCACUCCCACCUGUCCCAAAGAACACUCAUCGCUUCAAACCACCUUACUAUGAUGUUUUUAGGUUUUAAUAUCUGUUAUUUUAUUCCCACUCAGAUUUGCACGAAAGCUCUAUUGAACUGUAUUCUAUUUUUCAAGAUUGUUAUUUUAUGGAACUUACAGCAAAUAGGUACUCAUUAUCCUGUAUUUUAGAUGUAUAAAAUCAAGUGAAGUAUUAUUUUUUAUUGUGAAUUGUUUUUUGACAACUGGACCGUGUCCUUGUUCGUUAAGAUUCUGGAAUCUGUACAGAGAUACUUUAUGUGAAAACUGGAGGGGGAGGUUGUUUGAAACCUGAGAGGAGAUCAGUUUGUUUUGGACAUUUGUUUUGUCUCUGCUUGGAGAAUGCAGCACCACUGUACUGCUUCGUAUCCACCCCCUCAGCCAUGUCUGGUGACAUGUUCACCUUAAACAGUAGAUAGAGCUAAAAUGGCCUUUCUUCAAGAAGGCCUUGCUGUUCAGUGUUGAAUGCCUUCUGUUGCUUGGCUGCCUACAGAUCUGCAUUCCAGCCUGUUGUGUUUUUUGUGUUGCUUCGUUGUCUAGAGGUCUGUAUUCUGGCCUGCCAUGUGCCUUCAACACUAGUUCUAAUUGAUCUGGCUGGUAAUAUUUGAUGGCAGUAGGGUUUCCAGGGACUUUCUAACUCCCCCUGAGAUAACAAUGAAAGAUUUCUCCAACUGUUGUCCCGGAGCAGAAUAUACCAGUACAUUUAUAACCUGAAUCUCUACUUGAAUCUUAACUGAAGCACAACAGAGUCUCUGAGCUCGUUUUUGAAAAACGACCUGAAUAAACGCUCAGUUCCUAAAACACAGAAUCUCUGUAUAAUGAUGUUGGCUAUAUAGGCUUUUACUGUUGUCCUGCACAUUCCGUUUUGUACUCAUAAGCUACAGACCAUUAAAAUAUUCAAAGUA